GUGGAGGCACUGGGCCACCUCAGAGGGCCAGUGUCUUGCUGAGGGGCCGGAGCAGUCCUGUGCCUGCAGCCUCCAGAGCCAUGGGAACAGGGCUGCGAAGCCAGUCCUUGCGAGGGCCCCGACCCUCCUAUGGAAAGCUGCAGGAGCCCUGGGGGAGGCCCCAGGAGGGCCAACUCCGCAGGGCACUAAGCCUCAGACUGGGGCAAGAGAAGUCCAGGUCCCAGGGCCUCGAGAGAGGCACAGAAGGGCCAGAUGCCACUGCCCAGGAACGGGUGCCGGGGAACCUGGGGGACACAGAGCAGCUGAUCCAAGCCCAGCGAGGAGGCAGCCGGCGGUGGCUGAGGCGGUACCAACAGGUAAGAAGAAGGUGGGAGAGCUUUGUCGCCAUCUUCCCCAGCGUGACUCUGAGUCAGCCGGCCUCCCUGUAGCCCACACUGGGCACCAUCAGCUAAAGAUGCUGGAAGCCAUGGUGGCCCCCUUGCUGUGCCCGGACCAACCCACCGUGUCUGCUGACCUACCUCUUCAUGGCUCUCUGGACUAUGGCUGGGUGGCCCAAGGAGGCUUCUGCCACCAGCACACUGGAGUCGCCAUGUGGCUGCCCCUCUUAGCUCUGGCCCUUCCACUCCAGCACUAGCUCUCUUCGAAGACCCCAGCAGAGUCAAAAAGAAGGGAGCUCAGCUGUCUGCCCUCUGGGCUUGGGUAGGGGCCUUGGACUAUGAUUCUGUGAAGGUUUAGAAGAAGCCUGCCCGGAAUGGGGGCUAUGGAUCCUCCUGUCCCACACGACCAGCUGUCAACUUCCAGGACGGAGCUUGAUGAAGCCAGACCCAUGGCCGAGAGGCUCACGGACGUUGCCUGGUCACUGGGCCAUGACCCAACUGCCCUUCUUGUCAGUUACUGAUGGUGGGCCAGGGCACAGGUCUCCCUCCCAGAUGGUGAGCCCUCUGGGCAAGGACCACAGCUGGGUGGCCCUCUGGGCUGAGCACCCUGUGCUGAAAACCUUUGAACCUCACGGUGUCCUGAUGAAGGAAGCAGAGGAAGCCUGCCUCCCUGUGUGACAGAGGGGGAAACUGAGGCCCAGAGUGGGGAAGAGAUUUCUUGUUUUUGGAAUCUCCGACCCCACCCCACCCCAUCCAGUGUCCAGCACUGGAGUCGAACACAGUAAUAAAGAUGCUGAGAAAAA